GAAAAUUGCAUCUAAGGCAUAACAAUACAAUCGGACCAACAGUUAAUCUAAUCUUUUUCCGGGGAACAUCCCGCAUUCUCUCCAUUUUACUGGGUUUGCAGCUGACUCAGAGAGAGAGUGAGAGAGAGAGAUGGAAACGGGUAGGGUGUUGGUGGAGAAAGUGGGAGGGAGAUCCAGAGUCACUCAAUGCUUCUCAAAGUAUCCGCUCAAAUUCAUGAUUCCGAGAAAGGUGAGCCCGGCCCAAACUGACGCUGUUUGGAUUUACAGCCUCAGCUAUGGCGGUGGCAUUGUCUCUGGAGAUUCUAUUUCAUCUGAAUUUACCAUUGGAGAUGGUUGCACCGCGGUCUUGACAACUCAGGCUUCUACGAAGGUGUAUAAGUCUGUGGGAUCAAAGUGCUCUGAACAGAUCUUGGAGGCAAAAAUUGGAAGCGAUGCUCUCUUUGCCUAUGUUCCGGAUCCAGUGACGUGUUUUUCCACUGCAAGGUAUAUCCAGAAGCAAGUUUUUAGAGUGGUAUCUGACUCGAACUUGCUUAUUGUUGAUUGGAUCACCAGUGGGCGGCAUGAAAGUGGAGAAAAAUGGGAGUUUGAACUUUAUAGAAGCACCAAUCAUAUCUUAUUAGAGGACGGUCAGCCUUUAUUUCUUGACACGGUAUUACUAGAGCGGGAAAGCUUUUCUUCUAUUUCUGAACGGAUGCAGGGCUACCAAGUCAUGGCCAUGAUCAUAAUCUUAGGGCCUAAGUUGAAGCAUGUUCAAAAUCAAUUUCAAGAAGAUGUGAAGAGGAUGAUGUCAGAGCAAUUACACUUUCCGUCGGCCUUGGGGAACAGUAGAAAAACAAACUCGGAUGACCAUUUGACUAAACCAUCCUUCAUUGGUUCUUGCAGUGUUUUUGGUCCAAAGGGAUUUGGUGUCGUCGUUCGAAUAGCUUCCAUGACCACAGAAUCUGUUUAUAAGUUCUUGCAGAAUCAAUUGGCUAGCAUGGAGACACUGUUUGGGGUUCCAUUGUAUCGUUGAAGAUGUAUGGAGAAUUUAUUAACUGAACUGAGUGUUAUUUUAUUUUUAUUUUAUUUGCAAACUUUCUACAAACAGAAUUAAGCCUUUGCUAUGCUAUGAAUUAUUAGAAA